UCUUUCCUUGUAGUGGAUCAAUAACUGCAUAGGAAGAAAAAAUUACAAAAGGUUCUUCAUCCUCAUGGUGUUUGCUCUUCUCUUGCUUAUUCUGCAGUGGGCUGUUGGGAUGCUUGUGCUGAUACUGUGUUUUGUUGAGAGAAGGAGAUUUUCUGCUGAAAUUGUUUCAAAGCUGGGUAGUAGCUUUUCCUUGGCACCCUUUAUCAUUGUGGUGGCUGUGUGCACUUUAUUAGCCAUGGUUGCUACUCUUCCAGUUGCACAACUUUUCUUCUUCCAUAUUCUUUUAAUAAAAAAGGGAAUCAGCACCUAUGAUUACAUUAUUGCUUUGAGGGAGCAAGAUCAGGAGCAGGAGCAACUUGCUGUUGGUGGGCAGCAAAGUCCGCAAAUGUCCCAAGUGAGCUCUUUUACUGGACUAAGCAGCACCAGUUCUUUCAAUCAAUUCCAUCGCGGUGCAUGGUGUACUCCGCCAAGAUUAUUCCUUGAGGAUCAGGUAUCAUACUUUCAUUAUUUAGAAAGUUAUUGUGAAUGUAAUUUACCAUGGUUAAGAUUAUUUUGA